CUUUUUCUUUACACACUUCUAAAUGUUUAUUCCGCUUGAAGAUUUUUCUAAGUGUCUGACCCCCUAUUUUCUUCUCAAUUUCGUCCUUGGGAAGUUGGUUUCUAACAGCAAUAUUCGAGCGACAAACAAUCCGGAGUCCUUGGCCGGCAAGGACCAUGCCGACUCUGCAGAGCUUCGCCGUUCUGCUGCUUUUUAGCUUCCUGAUUAGUCUGACCUACUCUCUAAACCCAAGGGACCCUAAUGUGUGCAGCCUGUGGGAGAGCUUCACCACCUCAGUGAAAGAGUCCUACUCACAUCCUUACGACCACGUUACAGAGGAGCCCUGCUCGGACCCUAGGACCUCCUACAGAUGCACGCGCCACAGGAUCACCUACAAGACUGCCUACAGGCAGGCGGUGAAGACAGACUACCGCAAGAGGUACCAGUGCUGUCCAGGCUAUUACGAGAGCAGAGACAAAUGUGUCCCUCGCUGCAUCAAGGAGUGUGUCCAUGGUCGAUGUGUCGCUCCAGACCGUUGCCAGUGUGAGGGAGGAUGGCGAGGCGACGACUGUUCCAGCGCCUGUGAUGACAAACACUGGGGGCCAGGCUGCAGUCAGCAGUGCAAGUGUGAGAACGGAGCUCUCUGCGAUCCUGUCAAGGGGGCGUGUCAGUGUCCUCCAGGGUUCAUAGGACGCUACUGCGAGGAGCCCUGUCCAGCAGGCACCUUUGGGAAGGGCUGUCUGCAGAGGUGCAAGUGUGGGACUGGAGGAUCCUGCGAUAAAGCCACCGGAGAGUGCUUAUGUCGAGACGGAUUUACUGGGACUUUCUGUGAGAAGAUGUGUCCCAGGAAAUGCCAGGCACGAUGCCCCUGCCAGAAUGGUGGUAUCUGUAGGGGCAAAGGGAUCUGCGAUUGUCCCCAUGGAUGGACGGGUGCAGUUUGCACAGAGCGAUGUCCAGAGGGAAGAUUUGGAUCAAACUGUGCUGAGGAGUGUGUCUGCCACAACAGGGGCAAAUGUGACCCUGAAACUGGACAGUGCCAGUGUGCUAAAGGUUUCACUGGUAACAGGUGUAAUGAGGAGUGUGCUGCAGGCACUUAUGGUCAGGACUGUAAAGGUGUGUGUGACUGUGCUAACGGUGCGCGCUGCUACAACAUUGAUGGAGGCUGCCUCUGCGAGCCGGGCUUCAGUGGUCCACACUGCAGGGACAGGAUGUGUGCACCCGGCAAAUACGGCAUGCACUGUGAACGCACGUGUCUCUGCCAGGACAAACACACACUCAGCUGCCACCCAAUGAAAGGAGAAUGCACGUGCCAGCCAGGAUGGGCAGGACUAUUCUGUAACGAGACCUGCGCUCACGGUUUCUUCGGUCAUGGUUGCCUGGAGCCGUGUCUGUGUGUGAAUGGAGGGGUGUGUGAUAGUGCCACCGGCCGUUGCCAGUGUGCCCCCGGGUUCACGGGGGUUCAUUGUGAGAGUCCAUGUAAAAGUGGCACCUAUGGCAAGAACUGCUCCCUGGAGUGCUCCUGUGAAAACUUUGUCGACUGCUCACCAAUUGAUGGGACUUGCUUUUGCAAAGAGGGCUGGCGAGCACCAGACUGUUCCACCCCCUGCUCUGAGGGAACCUGGGGCCCAGGAUGCAACGCUACCUGCCACUGCGCCAACAGGGCAAAAUGUAAUCCUGCAGAUGGAUCCUGCACCUGCACAGCCGGCUGGCAGGGGGCACGCUGUGACCAACCAUGCCCGAUGGGCACAUUUGGGCCAGGCUGCUUGAAGAGGUGUGAUUGUGUUCAUGCUGACGGCUGCCAAGCUACCACUGGGGAGUGCCACUGUCUGCCUGGUUGGUGGGGUUCUCGUUGUAAUGAGCCAUGUUCAGAGGGCCUGUGGGGGCGCCACUGUAACCAGACCUGUUUCAAGCAUUGCCCCAACAGUGACACGUGCUUGAGGGAAACUGGAGCAUGUGUGUGUCGCCCGGGCUACUGGGGAGUCACCUGUCAGAACAAAUGCAGAGCUGGUAUGUAUGGUGACCAGUGCAGCAUGUCAUGCCCAUCCUGUGGCCAGUCAUACCGCUGUCACCAUGUGACAGGAGAGUGUGAUUGUCUACCUGGACACACUGGGACCAACUGUGAUCAAGUUUGUCCAGCUGGCUACUAUGGCAAACAGUGUUCUGAAGUGUGUGUAAACUGUGCCAACAACUCCACAUGCGACCACCGGGAUGGUCACUGUGAAUGUUUGCCUGGGUGGACUGCUACAGACUGCUCCAUACCCUGUAGUCCAGGACGCUUUGGCCCGUUCUGUACUCAGACCUGCUCCUGUCCGACCAACCUCUGUGACCGAUUCACUGGAGACUGUGUGUGUGAAAGUGGAGAUGACUGUAAACAAGACUCGUCAGAGCAGUCAGGGAGCGUUAUGGUUCCUUUUCCUCCUGGUGAGAGGGAGUCAUGGGGAGCCAUUGGCGGCAUCGUCGUGCUCGUCAUCCUGGUGGUCUUGCUACUGACUUUGCUGCUGCUCUACCGCCGCAGGCAGAAGGACAAGCAGAACAACACGCCGACCGUCUCCUUCUCCACCAGCCGCACAGUGAACUCUGAAUACGCCAUUCCAGAUGUUCCUCACAGUUACCACCACUACUACUCCAACCCCAGCUACCACACACUGAGCCAGAACAGGCCUCCACUGCCACACCUCCCCAACAACCACGACUGCACCAUUAAGAACACCAAUAACCAGCUGUUCUGCAGCGUGAAAAACAUGGAGAGGGAGCGGCGGGGCCUGUUUGGGGUUGAGAGCAAUGCCACUCUACCUGCAGACUGGAAACACCACGAGCCCCGCAAAGACUCAGGAGCUUUUGGAAUCGACCGGAGCUACAGCUACAGUGCCAGCCUCGGAAAAUAUUACAACAAAGAGCUGAAGGACACGGUGGCGGUGAGCAGCAGCUCUCUGAACAGCGAGAAUCCUUAUGCUACCAUCAAAGACCUGCCCGGCCUGCCCUUCUGCCCCCCUGAGAGCAGCUACAUGGAGAUGAAGUCAGCCGUGCCCAGAGAGAGAGCAUACACUGAGAUCAGCCCGCCACCAUUCAACACGGCCACCUUACGCAGAGAGCGUCAGAGUUCCCUCGGUCACGCUCCACACGAGGACCCCCAGAGCCACUACGACCUCCCUGUGAACAGCCACAUCCCGGGACACUACGACCUGCCGCCAGUCCGCCGACCCCCCUCCCCUAGGAGAACACCUCAGUGACAGUCACAACAGCAGAGCAAGUUUCCCUCCUCUUCACUUUGAGGAUGAUUUCAGGCAUGUGCACAUAAAGAAAGAGCAAACUUUAUGCUCUUCUCUGACAAUCAGAGCUGUAGACCACCCACAGAGCAGCAGCCAGGCACCUGUCCCACCAAGGAACUAUUGUUUACUGUGGAUGCCCCCCUUUCAACUCAACACUGCCCCUCUGUGGGCUAAAGUGGUACUUGCUUCACCGUGACAGACUUGUCAUCCAGACUGGGGAGCCAGCAGGCUGCGGUGAGGAAGGCUGAACUGUGGCGACGCCAGCGGGGCUUCAGCUGUAUUCACCUCCCAUGGGAAAAAUAAACCAGAAGACUUCACGGUUAAAAGCAGCAACUUAACUGUAAUUGAAGUUUUCCACAUAUUUUGCUGCUACUGAUCAGCUGGUGUGCAUGUUUAAAAGCCCCCUUUUAUCAGAAUUCAAAUUUUCUUCUGUCUUCAUCAUCAAAAGUGACUAAUGUAGACAUUGUUUUAAGUUUUAAUUUUGCUUUUUUAGUUCCAAAAUCCAAACAGGAUUUUUUAACAGGCAGCUUUGGAUGAACUCAUCACAGCUGGACUUCGUUUUGAUUUGCUCAUUGAAAAACCUUGUCAACCUCAAAAAAGGAAAGAGAAGGUCAUGGGACUAAAUAGUGCAGAAAAAAAUCCUGCCAGUGUUUAAGUCUUUUGUUUAAGACACAUUAUUAAAUAUUGUUGUUUCUUUAUUGCUGAUAUUCAGGAUUCCGGAAUCUGGAGAAGUCAGGUUGUUUCACAAAAGUACCAAAGAUUUGUUUACCACCUGGAAGCCAAGAUGAACAAAGAGUCUUCUCCAAAUGUGGCAUUUAGAUACACAAUGAUACACGUCCCCUGUUUGUUUAACAAAUGUGGCUCACUUAUUGCUGCUGUCAGAUAAAAACUUUGUAAAUAUUGAAAUAAAUAAAUUGUUAGCUUCACAGUAAUGUAGAAGAACAGCCAUAUUUUAAGAUGAUGUUUUUAAGGGGUUUGUGUGAGCAAAGAUAUGCAUUUGCUAAAUAAUAGAUACCAAAAGCUUAGCGUAAACACAAACUAAAAUAAACCAUCAUCAAACAGGGAAUUACUAGCCAAAUUAAAGCAACAUUAUGAAUGUCAAUGCAGUAUCCUACAGAAACUUUUGUCUUUGCCGUAUUUAAAGGGCUGGUUCACCCAAAACCUUUUUUUUUUUCUUACUUAAGAGUACUCCACCGAUUUAGCAUUGCAGCUCUAUAACAAUUUAUCAGACUUUGUGCAGCUACCUCUGGAGCCACAAAAGGCUUUGUACAACUUAUUUCACAUAUGCAGUAGUACUCCCCAAGACCUGUAUACAGACGCUGAUGUGUAAAAUCGGUGGGGUUCCUCUUUAAGUCAUAUAUAGGCCUAUAGACAUGCUGAUAUCAGUCUCUGAGAUUUCUGUUGCCAACCCAGUGUCACUAUGAACUGUUUUUACUGAAACUACUUUGUUUUAAAAAAAAUAGACCCUAAGAAAACUAUUGACAGUGUGUUCUGGCAAUUAUCCAGAAUAACAGGGACACUGUUUUAUUGGGUUGGAGGCAGAAAUAGGAUAUUUAAAAAGCUGGACAAUAUAAAACCAAAACCAUCUGUAAGACUAGACACUGCUAAAUUUGAGCACGUUUGUUUUGCAAUGUGGGUGAAUUGGCUGUGUAAUUGGCUGGUAAGUCAUUUUGCCAAAACUGACAAAUUUAAAAUUAUGUAAACUAUUAUAGUCACUUUGCUUAAAAAUGUCUGGGGAAAAUCUGUUGGCCUACCGUUAAGUUUGUCAUUACUUCUAACUUGUUUUUGUCAACCAAAGUCUUGUGUUGCUGCUAAAUAAUUAAUGUUAAUUAGAUAAUAGAAACCCUGUGUACCACAAAGAAUGUACAUUGUGCUUUAAAUGCUGUAGUUUUGAGUAGAGCUUCAGCUUUUUUUACAUAUGGCCAAAUAUUUUUGAAUGUAACCAUGGGAACAUGUGUAUAUAAUGUAAAUAAAAAUGGCUGCACUUUU